AUGGGAAGGUCACCAUGCUGUGAGAAUGUGGGGUUGAAGAGACGGACAUGGACACCUGAAGAAGAUCAAAAGCUUUUGGCAUACAUUGAAGAAAAUGGUCAUGGAAGCUGGCCUGCCUUGCCUGCAAAAGCAGGGUUGCAAAGGUGUGGGAAGAGCUGUAGACUGAGGUGGACAAAUUAUCUGAGACCUGAUAUCAAGAGAGGCAAGUUCAGCUUGCAGGAAGAGCAGUCCAUCAUCCAACUACAUGCUCUUCUUGGCAACAGAUGGUCUGCCAUAGCAACUCACUUGCCCAAGAGAACGGACAAUGAUAUCAAAAACUACUGGAACUCACAUCUCAAGAAAAGAUUAACCAAAAUGGGUAUCGAUCCAGUGACUCAUAAGCCCAAGAGUGACUCCCUCAACCCUGGCCAAGUAAAAGUUGCCGCCACCCUCAGCCACAUUGCUCAGUGGGAAAGCACUCGACUUGAAGCCGAGGCCAGAGAAUCCACCCUCCUCAGAUCCUUCUCUUCUUCUUCAGCUCAACUUGUCCUCAACAAAGCUAAUGCUCUGCCACCACUACAACCACCGCCACUACCGCUACAACCCCUAUGUCUGGAUGUACUGACAGCAUGUAAAGGGGCAUGGCUAACGACACUACUCAAAGAAAAUGGCUCCACCAUCACUGGAACUCUAGAGGCGCCGACAUCAACGUUGAAUUUCUCGGAUAAACAACUUUUGAUCCGUAACUUGGGAAAAUCAAACAACAACAAUGGAGAAGUCAAAGAAAGUAUGGACAACACAGUUCUAGUUUCAAAUUUCAUGGAAGGGCUUACAGAUCUUUUCAUUGAAAAUAGCCAUGACCACCUUGAACACGACCUUAACGAUUUUGAAGAGAACAAUAAUUAUUGGAAUAACAUAUUGAAUUUGGUCAACUCUACUUCUCCAUCAAUUGAUUCACCGGUGUUCUAA